AUGAUGUCUUCCGGUCUACAGACAGCUAAAAGGGACCUCCGCAAGAAGAUCCGUGAUGUUCUUCAAAAAACCCCCAAUGAGUCAAUCAUUCAUCAAUCCAGAGUUGCUGCGGAUAAGCUAUUCUCCCUCACUGAGUAUCAAAAUGCCAAGAGGAUCGGUGUCUACCUGUCCAUGCCUUCAGGUGAACUUUCAACUACGGCCAUAGUCCAAGACGCCUUGACUCACGGCAAAGAGGUAUUCGUGCCGUAUAUCCAUAGCAUAGACUCACCAUCUUCGACGCAGAAGAAGACCUCCAUCAUGGACAUGCUGGUUCUGCAGUCUAUGGAAGAAUUCAAAUCUCUUGAACCUGAUAAGUGGGGAAUACCAUCGCUCACCAAGGCGCAGGUUGGGAACAAGAGAAACUGUUUUGGGACAGUUGGUGUCUCCCCAAGGACGGUGGAGGAUGCUACGCAGAGAUUCGAGGGGCUUGAUUUGAUAAUCAUGCCUGGAAUGGCUUUCGAUCAAGGGUUCCGAAGACUUGGUCAUGGUAAAGGUUACUAUGAUCAUUUCUUGACAAGAUACUCGAAAAAGGUAGCCGAGAGUAAGACGACAACAUCAAAAAUGCCUUUACUCGGUGAGAAGCAGCCGCAUCCGAAACCCGAAACUCCCGUAAAGUGA